CACAGCCUGGCAAGGAGGAUUCUAAAUUCCCAGGAAAUUUGAGGAGAAGAAGGGGCUGGGAACAGAGAAAGGGGAAGAAGAAGAAAAACCCUGAAGGGAAAGGAAAGGAAAGAAGAGGACACGUAAUUCUCCUGUUCUUAAGGCAACAAGAGAAGAAGAGGAAAGGGGGCGUGAAAUAGGAGAGAGCAGAAGCUCCAGCCGGGACUGACAGGGGGCCGCCCUGAGGAGGCGGGCGAAACGGAGGAGGCGGGAAGCGAUGGCGCCGCCUCCCGCCGCUCUCCCGCGCCUGGCCGGAGGCUGGGCGAGGAAGGCGGGAGGGCGAUGCUGCUCUGGCCGGGCCGCUGACCGCGGUGCUGGCGCGGAGGGGGACGGAGGAGGAGGAGGAGGCCCCGCAGGAUGGGCUGCGGCGGGAGCCGAGCCGAUGCCAUCGAGCCGCGCUACUACGAGAGCUGGACGAGGGAGACCGAGUCCACCUGGCUGACCAACACAGACGCCGAGCCCCAGCAGCCGCUUCCCGCCGGCGCCGCCGCCACUGGCCCGGAGGGCGGCCACGCCGAGGCUGGUCUGAGGGAACCCGGAAUUCUGGAGGAUAGCAAAUCAACUCAGACUUGUACUGGAAAGUCCUCAGCUGCAAGUGGAAUAGGUAGUACUGAAAAGAGAGCUCACUGUGGUACACAAUGUACAAAACUGACAGUUCACCCCACUGGAACUUCAGCACACAAACAACAAAAUGGCUUUAGAACUACAGAGGCUAAAUGGGACAACAAGAAAAACGUCACAAAAGAAGUCACAAUUAACGCCACCAAAACAAUAAGACAAAUUAGUAACAGAAGAAUUACAAAGAACUGUGUCAAUUAAAAGAGCCAAAGGAGAAGAUGACUGAAUUCUGCAAUAUUUUGCUGCACUUUAACUGAUAACUUAAUGUGAAGAUCUCAAGAUGUUUUAUUUUUCAUGCUGAAUGUAGUGGACAUCUGCUGCUGAGUGCCUUUGGAAAAACCGCUAUCCUUGCUCUAAACUGCUGCCAGCAUUGGACGCUUUUUGUUCUAUAUUGCCAUACUGGUGAGGCUGGGCCAGCAAUUAGAACAUAAUGUGUUUGGAUUUUAUACAUUGCCAUUUAAGUAAUUAAUUUCACAUAAAAAUGUAUACCAAAAUAUUUCAGGAACACUCAAUCCCUCACAAAUUGCAUCUGACACAUCUGUUUUUAGGUACAUGUGUGAGUGUCUGGAGGCGGUUGGAGGAUGGAUGGCGGCUAACAGAUUGAGGUUGAAUCCUGACAAGACAGAAGUACUGUUUUUGGAGGACAGGAGACGGGCGGGUGUGGAGGACUCCCUGGUCCUGAAUGGGGUAACUGUGCCCCUGAAGGACCAGGUGCGCAGCCUGAGAGUUAUUCUGGACUCACAGCUGUCCAUGGAGGCGCAGGUCAAUUCUGUGUCCAGGGCAGCUGUUUAUCAGCUCCAUCUGGUACACAGGCUGAGACCCUACCUGCCAGCGGACUGUCUUGCCAGAGUGGUGCAUGCUGUAGUUAUCUCUCGCUUGGACUACUGCAAUGCGUUCUAUGUGGGGCUACUUUUGAAGGUGACCCGGAAACUACAACUAAUCCAGAAUGCGGCAGGUAGACUGGUGACUGGGAGCGGCUGCUGAGACCACAUAACACUGGUCUUGAAAGACCUACACUGGCUCCCAGUACGUUUCCGAGCACAAUUCAAAGUAUUGGUGCUGACCUUUAAAGCCCUAAACGGCCUUGGCCCAGUAUACCUGAAGGAGUGUCUCCACCCCCAUUGUUCUGACCGGACACUGAGGUCCAGUGCCGAGGGCCUUCUGGUGGUUCUCUCGCUGUGAGAAGCCAAGUUACAGGGGAACCAGGCAGAGGGCCUUCUUGGUAGUGGCACCCGCCCUGUGGACCGCCCUCCCACCAGAUGUCAAAGAGAAAAACAACUACCAGAUUUUUAGAAGACACCUGAAGGCAGCCCUGUUUAGGGAAACUUUUAAUGUUUAAUAGACUAUUGUAUUUUAAUAUUCUGUUGGAAGCUGCCCAGAGUGGCUAGGGAAACACAGCCAGAUGGGCGGGGUAUUAUUAUUAUUAUUAUUAUUAUUAUUAUUAUUAUUAUAUGAAAGUUGAGCUUUCAUGCAGCCUUUCUGUGGUUGGCACUUCAGUUCAGUUUGCACAUCAAAUGAUUUCCAUCCUGAUCCAAAAGAUGUUCACUACAAUGGCUGUGUACAGAUUUGCAGGUUCUGUUGUUUAUCUCAGUGGCAUGCUGGGUGAGCCAUAUAAUAAUGGUCUGAUUUGCUAUACCAUAUGAGACUUACGAUGUAACUGAUGGCCAAGGUUUGUGACGGCAUAGAUAGGUUUAAUGUAGCUGAAAUACAUGUAAGAACUGUGGUACUCUAACUUUGCCUGCUUCUGUGUCAUAUAGCAGCUUUGCACUGUGUGGCAACGAUACGCCUGCAAAAGGGUGAAAUAUCCCAUCACUCAAAAUUGGGAUCUCCCACAACUCAGUGAAAAAAGGUGAUUGAUCUUGUGUCUCCUUUAUCACUUAUAUUUUCAAAAGGAAUUUGUGUAUACAUUUGCUACUGAAGUCUCUAAAUUUUAAACAAACAGAUUUGUUUUGAAGGAGAGCAAAAUUAUCCAAAUAGUAAUCUGAAGGACACAACAUUUUAAAAAAAAGUUCUUCUGGCCUAUAAAUUAAUAAAAUUUAUAUGAAAAGUUAGUGUUUGGUGUCAAAUCUAUAGAAAAGGCACUUCAAUCACAGAUGAACAGUCCAUUGAGACAAAUAAAAAAAUGUAACUAAUAAAAAUGUUUGUAAAUUG